ACCAAAAUGGAGCCCCACACAUAUUUCAGCUCCCGCAGUUUGCGCUCUAUCUGUCUGUCUCUCUCUCUCUCUCUCUCUCUAUGUCUGUCUGUCUUUCUCUCUCUCCUCCUCCUCUCUUUCUCCUUUGCAGAUACUGAAUGCGCAUCUUCUUCCUCUCUGGAUCCUGUUUUGGACCCCUCCUCAGUUCCACAGUGGGAAAGAGAACCGUGGGAAUUGUCUCAAACUUGAAGGAAAAAAAAAAACUUGUUUGCAGCUGUUGGGGCUCAUCAGGCGUGAAGGAGCAGCAGAGUCAUUUCACUGAGACCAUGUCCAGUCCAUUGGAGCGCGUCGUAGCCCAGAAGAAGGAGGCCAUCGAGGCGGCGAUGGACAUGUUCGAGAGGGGGGCCGAGGUGUUGGCCAGCGCUGUGGGCGAGCUCUUCCCCCUCUGUGAGGCGGCCGCUCCGGUUCUCCGCCUCGCCUUGGACAACGUGCAGAGCAAAGAGGUCUUCUAUGUCAAAGAGCAGUUCCUCAUGGUGAGGAACAACCUGGACGUUCUCUCGGCACAGCUGGAUGACAUCGACUGCGAGAUCAAGAAGGGGAGACUGGACUCGCAGUACUUCUCUGUGGAGGAGAACGUCAGGAACCAGUUCCGGAAAUACAUGGACAUCUUGGAGGCCAAACAACAGUUCAGGGAGGUGAAGACCCGACUUUUUCUUGAGCAUUUUUCCAAAACAGGAGGAGAGAAGAAUCUGUUUGUGCUGUAUGAUGCUCUGAUGGGGACAAACAGCUUCGGAGAGUCGGUCUUAGACGUGGUGGAAAGAUAUGUAGCGAGGAACCGUCGCCUCCUGGAAGAUUUCUGUGUCCGGAUGAAGGAGCUCUUCUGCCUGGGUCUGAUCGCUCUGCUGGGAAACAGCGCCUUGACGCAGGGCCAAGAGGAAGAAGAGGAGAAAAUCAGAGAGUGGAGUAGCAAGAUUGAAGAAGUUGAGUCCAGGAUGAAGACCACUAUCGAGUCCUGCGUCGCUGGAUUUGCGGAGCAAGCAAAGUUAGAUUCCCAGCGCAUCCUGCAGGAAAAGCAAGAGGAGAACCUGCAGGAGACGACUCAGCAGCUUCUGGAGUUCUUGGUGAAAAAGUACGAUUGGGUCAACUGGUCAGUGCGGCUCAUCAACCACUCGGGCAGCACGUAUCGGAACUGGCGAGCAGGGGAGCAUUUUCAUCACGUGGCGGGACAGAACUGGUUCGAGGUUCUCCAGGUGAACAACAUCAACCUGGUGGUGUCGUUCAGCUCCAAACCCCAACCGGUGCCACGAGACUUCAUCCGGCAGGUGAUGGAGGGCCCGGGGAAGAAGGGGAAGGCCCCGGAAGCGGUGGAGGUGCUGGAGAAGCAGCUGUGCGGGUUUGUGGUUCACGCCGUCAGCCGCCACAAGGAGUCUGCGGCUGCGUGGAGCUUUCCGGAAGACUGUCACUACUGGGAGAGACACAAGAAUGUGGCGGUGUGUGUGCACUCAGAGUAAAGCUGUGAACGACUCGUCUAGUUUGUCCUCCUGAGAGUAUGUUCUCAAAAUUUCAGUUCAUAGUUUUUCCUUAAGACUUAAAUUAAGAAUCUCAAAACAGGGGACUGCCCCAAUCUGAUACGAUAAAUGGAAGUCUGCUUCAAUACAGAUCCAAAUAGGCAAAUCAAAUAUUGCCAAGAUUUGAUCUCCUAGUCACAGUUUCAUAAAUUUCAAUCAUUCCAGUUGUAUGCAUUUCCUGACUGAAUUACAUGCAACAUGACAUCACUUGUUAACGAUUAUUUUAGCAAUUGAGCAAUUAUUUUAUCACUGUAGUCAUGCUAACUGAAUUCUUGCAGCAGGGGCCGUUAUUGUUUACCUUCUUUUUAAUGUGAAUUAUUGAAUCCACAACAGUAAGUCGCAAUCUGUACAAUUUUUAUUUAUUUAUUUGGGCUUUAGGAUCGUGGAUUAAGUAAGAAACCGGGUAGAGAGAGCGUGGGGAAUGACAUGCGGUAAAGGAGCCACAUGUUGGAUUCAACCUGCAGCAUACAUCGUAAGUUGACGAGGUAGCAACCAACACAUUUAUAAAACAGUAUAAAAUAUGAAAAUACCUUUAAAAUAGUAUCAUACUUUCAAUAACAGUGUGUGGUUGCACAAGAUAUCUUACUUUCGGUACAAACUAGAACGGCUCAGAUGAGAUUGAUGCAGUGAGGUAUAAAUAUUUUAAAAGGUAAAAGCUGAAAUAGCAAGAUCAGCGAAUACUCUGAGUUCACAUACUGAUGUUAAAGAACGAGUCAGACUGGUGCAUCUCCUGUGGAAGCUCUUCAUUUUAUACUGUUUUAAUGCUGUUUUAAUGAAUUAAAUGCCUGUGUCAGCUUUUUACCCAGCAGAUAAUUUACGAGAAGACAUUUCAUGUACGUUUAUUUUAUGUUUUACCCAAGAAGUUAUUCACUGUUUGCAUGUGGUUAACAGUGUUUCUGUGUACCAUUCAUGAGUCACUAACCAGUUUAUUUGUAACUUUAUGACGCAAAGUGUUUUUACCUCAGCCGUAACAAUCCAGUCUCCUAUAUGAGAAGCAGCUCCUGCACCUAAAGAUGUGUUUCUGCUGAGGCUGCAUCCUGAGCUGUGCUCCCGUUUUGUCUCUGCUCAGCAGGCUGGCCUACAUAACUCUGACAGGACGACCGAGGUUACUCUUUCAGGCAUGAAGAACAAAAAGGCUCAGAGUUUUGGCAGCGGAGACGCGACAAUGUGCCUUGUGUUUUAAACACAUUCAAACCCCUCAGACCAAAACGAGAGGACCCCCUCUCUCUGCUAACCAGAGCUGUGCCUAUGAUUACAUAACCAUUGGUGUUGCUUCAGCCUGAAUGAGAAGCGAUGUGAUCUGUAUUUGUGCAUUCUUUAAUUUAUGGUCAAUGAUAAAUGCUGUGUUGUUUUUGCACAUUAUUUUUUUAUUAAUGUGUGAUUGUCUCUCGCUGCAGGACACAUUUUUCUUUGAGUUACAUCUCUGCUUUUAUUUCUAACAAACCACUGUGAUAUUAAGAAUGAAUUUUAAAUAUUUUCACUCUCUGGGCUUUGAGAGAUUUUUAAAAAGAGGUGAAAACUGUCAUAGCAAAUGCUCCACUUUUAUAAAUGUUGUUACAGACAUUGCUGACAAAGAAGGAAAGUUUGCAUUCAUGUAUAUCAAGAUGAUGAUUAUUUAUAAGAUCACAAGACCAGUCAGCUUUUAUGUUCAAACUAAAUGUUCACAAUAAAAUCAGUGCAUGAACCAUG